AUGACGGACGAAGGCGGUAGCGCUGGUGGUGGUGACGGCGAUAACCCUGGCUCGAGAACGGUGCCAGUAACAUCUCCCCCUUCGCCGACGGUCUCCCGGCACGAUAGCACCCCUCGUCUCCCCGAGAUCCGAUUCAGCAUCCAGCGAAGGCCUACAGCUACAGCGGCAGUAGGAGGAGAUAUGGACGAAAGGACGAGCUUACUGGACGCUGGCAGCCAGUUCCAGCGAAGUUACAGCACCAAUCCUGCCUCCCCUCGUCCGGAUGCCUUCUUCAGGCACAACAGUACCGCCGGCAGCUUGCGUAUGUCCAAGAGUCACAGCCGUGCAAAUUCGCAGGUUGUGAGGUUUACUCCUUCGAACAGAGCUGCAGAGUUUGUACCUGCAGAGGCAGACGACGAACCAACGAAACCGUUGAACGCUGCUCCUUACUCCGACGAUAGAGUCUGGUACGACCAGUUCACCUCUACGGACUGGGUUCACGACACCAUUGCCGAUGGCAUACGACUGAGAGAGCUACGGAGUCGACGUGAUAUCCGUGGAAAGCUGCUCGCCUGGGUUGAUGGAGCCCAGGGAUGGGUUCUGGUCGCCAUAAUCGGCCUUCUUACGGCGUGUGUCGCAUACUUUGUUGAUGUUACCGAGAUCGUCAUCUACGACUUGAAGGAAGGGUUCUGCAGCAACAACUGGUUCAUGAGUAAGAAGCAUUGCUGUCCUUCAGACAAGGAGAUCUGUCUCGCAUGGCGUUCAUGGUCCGAAAUACUUGAAUCGUCUACCAUCGACCGCAAGUGGAUCGACUUUGGUGCCUUCGUCUUCUGGGCCGUCCUGCUAGCUGCUGCUUCUUGUACCCUUACGCUCCUCACCAAGACCGUCGUCCCCUCUUCCAUUUCUCUCACCACCUUGGAUGAAGAUUUUGGUGCGGUAGGCAGUGCCUCGCCGGACGAGACCUCUCGUCCCACCAAAACCAACCUUGAUGUCCGAUCUGUUCAGGAUGUCGUGCCGCCGCCCAUGGUGUACUACUCUGCAGCUGGUAGUGGUGUUGCCGAGGUCAAAGUCAUCCUCUCCGGCUUCAUCCUUCACGGGUACCUUGGAGUUCAGACUCUCGUCGUCAAGACGUUAGCCUUGGUUCUAAGUGUUGCCUCCGGUUUGAGUGUUGGAAAGGAGGGGCCUUAUGUCCACAUAGCUACAUGCAUCGGUAACAUCUGUUGCCGACUCUUCGCCAAAUACCACUACAAUGAUGGCAAAAGGAGAGAGGUGCUAAGCGCCAGUGCUGCCAGUGGUGUUGCUGUUGCCUUCGGGGCUCCCAUUGGAGGUGUUCUCUUCAGUCUGGAGGAAGUCAGGACAUUCUUUUGCUGCAUUGCCGCUGCCCUUUCUUUGAAGUUUCUUAACCCCUACCAGACAGGUAAAAUUGUCCUGUUCCAAGUCCGCUAUGUGUCCGACUGGGAAAUAUUCGAGCUCGCUAUUUUCAUGCUCCUCGGAGUCCUCGGUGGUGCCUUUGGUGCACUCUUUAUCAAGGCAUCAAAGCUCUGGGCUCAAACAUUCCGCCGUAUCCCCGUCAUCAAGAAGUGGCCAAUGCUAGAAGUUGUCCUUGUCGCCUUGAUUACCGGCCUCAUGAGUUUCUGGAAUCGUUAUACCAAACUUGCAGUGUCUGAGCUACUCUUCGAACUCGCAAGCCCGUGUGAUUACGAAGGUCAAACGGAGACGGGAACUGGCCUCUGUCCCAAAAGAGAAGACAUUCCGGAUGUCAUCAAGUACCUCCUGGUUGCGUUCAUCAUCAAAUCUUUCCUUACCACCAUCACGUUUGGCAUCAAGGUCCCAGCUGGUAUCUAUGUUCCUUCCAUGGUUGUCGGCGGUCUUAUGGGCAGGAUUGUUGGCCAUGUCGCACAAUACUUCGUCGUCCAUUACCCGAAUUUCUUCCUAUUUGGACAAUGCCCUAGCACCAAGCUCGCAGAAUCAUGUGUUAACCCUGGUGUGUACGCUCUCAUUGCUGCCGGCUCAACCAUGUGCGGCGUCACCAGGCUGAGCCUUACCCUUGUCGUCAUCCUGUUCGAGCUCACUGGCAGUCUGGACCAUGUCCUCCCUUUCUCUCUUGCCAUUCUCUGUGCCAAAUGGGUUUCCAACGCCGUAGAGCCUCUAAGCAUAUAUGACUUGCUAACGGACAUGAAUUCCUACCCAUUCCUCGAUAACAAACUACAUCCAAUUGCCAACAUCGAGCUGGGAGACAUCGUGCCUCGUGUUCGAAGGAACAGGGUCAUCGAUAUCUCGAGCUCGCCCUUGGUCAGCGCAACGGAAUUACGCGAAAAGCUAGACAAGCUCCUGAUGGCCGGCGAGCUCGAUGGUGGACUGCCAAUACUAAAUAAUAACAUCCUUGUCGGCCUAAUUCCUGCUCCGGAACUAGAAUAUGCGCUUGAUAAAUUACCCUCAGAAGAACAGGACACAAUGUGUUUGAUGUCUAUGCAGUCAUCAUACCUAGGCGAGGGAGAAAAUGACACGAAUGUCGCUGAUUUCACGCCAUUUAUUGACCCGUCCCCUGUUUCUCUGGAUAUUCAUUCCCCUAUAAAUCUUGUUUAUCAAUGUUUCGUCAAGCUCGGCCUUCGGUACAUGUGCGUCCUUCGGGAUGGCCAGUAUGCAGGCCUAGUUCACAAAAAAUCCUUCGUCAAGUUCAUGAAGGAGACUGAAAAGGCUUCGGCUGCGAUACAUUAA